UUCACCGCCACUUCACGAGGCUUUUCCACGGGCUUUUCCCUUUUUAAAAACACACUCCGUGUCACUGUCAACGUUACUAAUAACGGAAAAUUAAUAAUAAGUCAGUUCGCAGCAGCGGGAGGUGAUUUACCGACGCUGCUGUAACGUUAGCGAGGCACAGAUACAGUGUUUGCAAACCGCGGUGACAGUUUCAUCAGCAGCUCUGUCAGUGAGGGGAGGAGUCCAGCACAUGCAGAGUCCACCUUUGUUGAAGUAUUUGUGAGAUAAAUGAAGCAUUAACCGCCCAAAGAAGAUGAUAAAAACUCGAUAGAAGACGUUGCAGAGGGCAGGUGCAAACACAGGACAAGCUAAACAGGGACUACAGGAAGCCAAUAAAGGCACUGAAUUGACCAUGCUGCUGCGAAGGUUGGCCCUGUGUUCAAGGAUCUCACUGGAUUACCAGAGACACGUAUGCCGGCUGCUCAGCAGACCUCUGACACAAGUUCCCCAGGGGAGGGCCAAUGGCAGCUCUUUUGCACACCGCGGUGAACUGCGUCAGGCUAAGAGGAUCGUAGUCAAGCUCGGCAGCGCUGUGGUAACCCGUGGUGAUGAGUGUGGCCUGGCUCUGGGGAGGCUGGCCUCCAUUGUGGAGCAGGUGGCCAUGCUGCAGAAUCAAGGCAGGGAGAUGAUGAUUGUCACCAGUGGAGCAGUGGCUUUUGGCAAGCAAAGAUUGCGACAUGAGAUCCUGCUGUCCCAGAGCGUCCGACAGGCGCUGCACUCAGGACACAAUCAGCUCAAAGACAUGUCCUUACCAGUGCUGGAGGCCCGGGCCUGUGCUGCAGCUGGACAGAGUGGCCUGAUGGCUCUGUACGAGGCUAUGUUCACCCAAUACAGCACUUGCACUGCACAGGUCCUGGUGACAAAUCUAGAUUUUCAUGAUGACCAAAAGAGGCAGAACCUGAACAGCACACUGCAGGAGCUGCUGCGCAUGAACAUCGUGCCCAUCAUCAACACCAAUGAUGCCGUGGUGCCCCCGCCGGAGCCCAACAGCGACCUGCAGGGGGUAAAUGUGAUCAGCAUUAAGGACAAUGACAGUCUGGCGGCGCGGCUAGCCGUAGAGAUGAAGGCUGACCUCCUCAUCGCGCUGUCUGACGUGGAAGGACUUUAUAACAGCCCCCCCGGAACAGAUGACGCCAAGCUCAUUGACAUCUUCUAUCCUGGAGACCAGCAGUCCAUCACCUAUGGUACAAAGUCCAGAGUUGGGAUUGGAGGCAUGGAGGCCAAGGUCAAAGCUGCCCUCUGGGCCCUGCAGGGUGGCACCUCAGUGGUCAUUGCAAAUGGCACCCAUCCUAAAGUAACAGGUCAUGUCAUCACUGAUAUUGUGGAGGGCAAGAAGGUGGGAACGUUCUUCUCAGAGAUCAAACCUGCUGGCCCAACUGUGGAGCAUCAGACAGAAAUGGCUCGUAACUCUGGAAGAACCCUGGCAUCUCUGCACCCAGACCAGAGGAGUGAGAUCAUCUGCCACCUAGCAGAGCUAUUGACUGAAAGGAGGGAAGAGAUUCUGGUUGCAAACAAGACGGACAUGGACCUGGCUGUAAAUGCAGGCCAUUUGCCACCGGCCAUGCUAAACCGUCUGAGCUUGUCACCAGCCAAACUCAACAGCUUGGCCAUCGGUCUGCGGCAGAUCGCCGUGGCUGCUCAGGACAGUGUGGGUCGUGUGCUGCGCAGGACCAGGGUGGCUCACAACCUGGAACUGGAGCAGAUCACCGUGCCCAUCGGAGUUCUCUUGGUCAUCUUUGAGGCCCGACCUGACUGCCUGCCGCAGGUGUCUGCAUUGGCCAUAGCCAGUGGUAACGCCCUCCUGCUGAAGGGAGGCAAAGAGGCAGCCAACACCAACCGGGUCCUCCACCAGCUCACCCAGGAGGCCCUUUCCAUGCACGGAGUCAGAGAGGCUGUGCAGCUGGUGAGCACUCGUGAGGAGGUGGAGGAUUUGUGCCGUCUGGACAAAAUGAUCGACCUGAUCAUCCCUCGAGGUUCAUCUCAGCUGGUGAGGAACAUUCAGCGAGCAGCCAAGGGCAUCCCGGUGCUGGGCCACAGUGAAGGAAUCUGCCACGUCUACGUCGAUGCAGAAGCCAGCGUUGACAAAGUCAUCAAAAUUGUCCGAGACUCAAAGUGCGACUACCCAGCUGCAUGUAAUGCCAUGGAAAGUCUGCUGAUUCACAGGGACAUCCUCAGGACACCACUGUUUGACCAGAUCAUUGACAUGUUGCGUACUGAACGGGUGAAGAUUCAUGCAGGCCCUCGGUUCGCCUCUUACCUGACAUUCAGCCCAUCGGAGGCAAAGUCCCUGCGGACAGAGUAUGGUGACUUGGAGUGCUGCAUGGAGGUGGUGGACAGCAUGGAGGAGGCUGUGGAACAUAUUCACAAGUAUGGAAGCUCCCACACAGACGUUAUCAUCACAGAAAACGAGGACACAGCGGAGCAGUUUCUGCAGCAGCUGGACAGCGCUUGUGUUUUCUGGAAUGCAAGCUCACGUUUCGCUGAUGGCUACCGCUUUGGACUGGGAGCAGAGGUAGGCAUUAGCACAGCUCGUAUCCAUGCCCGGGGCCCUGUUGGCCUGGAGGGGCUGCUCACCACCAAAUGGGUCCUGAGAGGUGACGGGCACACUGUAGCCGACUUCUCUGAGCAGGGUACCAUGAAGUACCUCCAUGAAAACCUGCCUGUCGGGCAGCCUCUCACUGGGCAGAGGGACAGCAACUAGACCAAAGACUUUCACAACACUCACUUGGCCUUAACAUUGGUCAAAAUGGUUUACAUUGCCCGCCAGCUGCUCCCCUCGGGGUCUUGUAGCACAUAAUCGCUGAUGUCACUGUUUUGAACCUCUGAAGCACACAGCAUGGAGAGAAAAGCUCAAAAAUCCUUUUUAUCCUUUUUAUCAGCACAACAUGAAAGUUGUUCCUGUUCAGACUUUAAACUGUUACUAAGAGUUUACAAAUGUGUUAGGUUCUACCUCAGCUUAUGAUUCUUUUAUGAGUUAGGGAACUCAUGCUCAUACAAGGCUAUUAAAUGAAGGCUGGGACACGGCCUUUGACCCCACAGGACAAAUGGGGUAUUACAUAGGUGCAAUCUAGCUGGAGCUACAAUGUCAGAUAUUUACAGCAGACAGUGUUAGAUUUAAAAGGAUGGAAUCUGCUUAGGUGCUCUAACCUCCUUGUGUGUGCUUGGCUUGAAAUAAUGUUUUGGGUAUGCUUGUAUGUAUAUGCAAUGGAACAUUUUCAGUCCAUAGUCUUUUAUUAAACAUCUUUUUUAAUAAUUGCGGAUUUGCAACUCUCACACACAUCUAUUUUUCAUGUAAGAUAUAUUCUGACCCAACAUCAGCUGUUGAGCCUUUCAGCAAGUGCAGACCAGGCUUUACUGCUCAUGUGUUGUUCCCUAAUCAUAUAACAUGAUAUGACCAUGUGUCUUCAUUCAAUAGUCUUGCUUUCAUAAGCUCCUGCACAAGGUAUUAUGUGGCAACUCAGUACCUUCACAGUUAUACAAUAAUUGGAGAAACUGUGAAAAGAAAGUUAACUAAACGUUUAUCACAGGAAAGGAAACCGAAGUGCUCAAAAUCAUCUUUUUAAUAAUGCAAUCUCAGGACAUGAUUUUUAAGGUGCUACUAAGAGAUUUAAUUUUAUCAUAAAAUACAUUUGAAAAUGUCAAAAUAUUGUUAAUUCUCAGUACCAACAUGCGCUUACUUUUGCUUUUUUUGCGUGAGUAAUUGUAAGUCUCUUUAGCCAAUAAAAACAGUAUUAUGCUUUUGGGCAUAUUAUAUUCUCUAAAAUAUAUUUAAUUUAUUUAUUAGUGUAUAUCAUAGUGUAUUCUCACAAAACUUCCUGCUAUAGUUGUUCAAAUAAUAUCUGAAGCCCAUUUUAUCUUUGCUGAUUGCAUCACCCACAUGGUUCAGACUUAAUGUACUGUAAAGUGCUUCUUCGUUCAUGUAACCGUUUUUUUUUUUCUCUUGCUGUAAUUCCAGUUUAAAUUUUCUGUAUGUUAAGGUAUUUUGAUUACAUAAGUUGCUGGUCAAAGUAAUUUCAGACUGAAAAGGAGAAGAUGUAGCUCUCUCUCAUUUUAACCAAACCCUGAUGUUUUACAGAUGAAGAUUCCCUAUAUUAAAUCUUAAAUACUUGAUAAGAUUUUAUACUAUAAUGAACAUUUAUACAAAAGUAUCAGAAAUUUACAACUUUAAUAGCAAAGCAAGUUGAAAUGCUUAUAUGCAUCCAUUUUAUUUACUAUUUUUUUAUUUAUUUGAUCAUUGUUUCAAGUUGUGCUCAUUUUUCCAUGCUUUGCUGCUUUCCUGCUUGUUCAUCGUGGCGCCCAAAGCCUCUGUCAGAGCAGGAACAGUAAUUGACAAGCUGCCUCCUUCAAGCUGGAGGGGAGAACGCGACUGCUUUUAAAUUAAGCUCUGUAACAUUCCAGCCUCUGAGCUCGUAUCUGAUGUCUUG